AUAGAGGUUGCACUGCCCCUUCCCUCUGAGAGAGGAAGGAAUGGACCCUGCCUCCUAGCCGCUGCCAUCCUCCUCUCCCUUCCUGCCCAUCACCUGCUCCACCUGCUGCUUGUGACCUCUGGCAACAUGGCUGGAAUGUAUCUGGCUCAUAACCAUGACCUACCACACCUGGCUUCAAAACCUGAAGAAAUUAGAAAGGAGAUGGAUGCCAAGAAGAAAGCUCUUGGCUCCUAAGGGUGACUCCAGCGCUGCCUUCUGGGUACAGACUGCUGCCUUGACGGCAGCCUCUGCCAUCUGAACCAAAGGCUCCAGCUCAUACCUCCAGCCUUGUCUUUCCUCCC